CCAGACACUUGUCGACGGCGUGGUGCUUUCCCUCAACAUCGCCAAGGACGCGACGGCAGCAUUUCCGCCGCUUCAGUCCGCGGUCGGAGGAGUGGCUGGUAUCGUGAAUGUCGUGAAGAAAAUGGGAGCGAACGCCGAGCAGAUCAAGCUGCUCGAGAAGUAUACUAAACAGCUAUCCACCACUCUGCAACAUCCUGCCUUCAAAGAUGACAAAGGAUGUUCAGAGGAUCUGCGGCAGCGCAUCGACACCCUAGAGAAACAGCUGACGGAAACGACGGAGAAGAUCCGCGCGCUGGCCUCUCGGUCUAGGUUGACCCGAUUGCUCGGCUCGGACUCGCACGCUGGAGCUAUCGACGAGUAUAUCCGACAGAUAUCUUGGGCCAUAAACGACUUCGUGAUCGGAGGAACUAUUAGUCUCGAGCUUGCUGUUGGCGUACGCGACUCCACACUAUGUCAUGUCUGAUGUAUGUUGGAUGUUUACC